CUGCGCGGGUGUGGGGGGAACAGCAGCGGGCGCCGGCUAGUGUCUCCUCGCCCCUGACGCCGGGGAGAAGCAGCACUUUGGGUUGUUGUUGUUCCUUGGGGCUGAGUUUGGGCACAGCCAACGCGUGUGUGUGCCCAGGGGCUGCAGCCUGGACGUGGUCCCCUUACACCGACGGAACGGCAUCAGCUGCACCUGGAGUAGCUUCGGAUGGUAAUACCCCAUGCCACUGAAACAACCAGAGAAGAGCCCACUUCCCCAACAUCCCAGUCUCAGUUACCUUUUAAAAGCUCCCCAUGAAGUGCCACCUUCUGGGUGCUACAAGAAGUGGAUCAAAGAGACUGAUUCAGCUUAUGUGAGGCUGGCAAAGCAAGGAGGCCAACCUGACCUACUGGAGCACGACACUCCUGUGGUAACAAAGUCCCCUUCAGCAGCAUAUGCUGCACCUGACUGGUACUUACACCACACCAGUCCCCCAGAGAUGGAUGAGCCAAGGAGCUCUGCUUCCUCUCUACCAGAAUAUAUGAUUCACAGAGAGUUUAAGGCUGAUGACCAUCGUGGUAACAGUUAUGAGGCAAGAAGAGGGCCUUUUGAUUUUGAUACGAAAAGUGUUUGGCAGCGCGAUGCUGAGGACAAAGAAAAUACAGAGAAAAAGAAGAUGAAGCUCCCAGCUAUAAACCCUGAAUAUCCAAGCAGAAUGCCGAAUGUUUCUACAACCAAGGAGUUUAGUGGGGCAAAUAAACUUUCCUUCCCACCUAUGCCUGCUCAGAGACAAAUUGAAGCAGUAAACUUUAGCAAAUUAAUUAGCAAUGGUUAUGGGACUGACUGGUUUCAGCAGUGUACUAGAUGGGAAAAAAAGAUUCAAGAACCAUCAGAAAAUAGUGAGCAGUCCAAAGAACCUCUCCCUCCAGAUUCAGAGCCACCUCAGUCUGAACCACCACCAGCAAGCAAGAGUUAAAGCCACCAUUUCAGGGAUGUAAUAAGUAACUUAAAAGACUUAGAGAAAGUAAACCCUUGUAUGGCCUAUGUUGUGCACUAUUUAUGUGUCUGUUAGAUUACUUUUGUGGUUGAGAAGUUAAUUUGGUUCAUGAGAUAGAUGAACUUCAUUGUGCUUGAUUACAGCAAAUUUUAAAGAACAAACAACAGCUGUUAGUGCUUAUUCCUAGACUUUU